UCUCAAACAAACCCCCCCGCCCUCUCUCUCUCACACACACACACACAAGAGAUCUCUUCAAAGUUCAUAAACUUCUUUAUCAUUUUCUUCAUAAACCUUCGGGAGAAAAUUUUUGUCACAUUCGAGUCUAUUUCUCAGAGCUUGACAAUCUUCAACUCAAUCCAAUCACUCCUCAGAUGGGAGUUGCACAAGACGGCUCUGAUAUGGAGGAGGGAACCCUGGAGAUUGGAAUGGAAUAUAGAACUGUCUCUGGUGUUGCAGGGCCGCUUGUAAUUCUUGACAAAGUGAAGGGCCCUAAAUAUCAAGAGAUUGUUAAUAUUCGCCUGGGAGAUGGAACAAUCCGACGUGGUCAGGUCUUGGAAGUUGAUGGGGAGAAAGCUGUUGUGCAGGUUUUUGAAGGAACAUCUGGAAUUGACAACAAGUACACAACCGUGCAAUUUACAGGGGAGGUUUUGAAAACUCCUGUCUCACUGGACAUGCUGGGACGCAUCUUUAAUGGUUCUGGGAAACCCAUAGACAAUGGACCUCUGAUCUUACCUGAAGCUUACCUAGAUAUUUCUGGAAGUUCCAUUAACCCUAGUGAGAGAACCUAUCCUGAGGAGAUGAUACAAACUGGGAUUUCAACAAUUGAUGUUAUGAAUUCCAUUGCUCGUGGGCAGAAGAUUCCUCUUUUUUCUGCUGCUGGUCUCCCUCAUAAUGAAAUAGCUGCUCAGAUCUGCCGUCAGGCUGGUCUUGUUAAACGCUUGGAGAAGUCUGACAAUCUCAUUGAGUCAGCUGAGGAGGACAAUUUUGCUAUUGUGUUUGCUGCUAUGGGUGUAAACAUGGAGACAGCUCAAUUCUUUAAGCGUGAUUUUGAGGAGAAUGGAUCAAUGGAAAGAGUGACCCUUUUCUUGAAUUUGGCUAAUGAUCCCACCAUUGAGCGCAUUAUCACUCCUCGAAUUGCUCUCACAACUGCCGAAUACUUGGCAUAUGAAUGUGGGAAACAUGUUCUAGUCAUACUUACAGAUAUGAGUUCUUAUGCUGAUGCUCUUCGUGAGGUAUCUGCUGCUCGAGAGGAAGUUCCUGGAAGGCGUGGUUAUCCUGGUUACAUGUAUACUGAUCUGGCAACAAUUUAUGAGCGUGCUGGACGUAUUGAAGGAAGGAAGGGCUCAAUCACACAAAUCCCUAUAUUAACUAUGCCUAACGAUGAUAUUACCCAUCCUACUCCAGAUCUCACAGGAUAUAUUACUGAGGGCCAGAUAUACAUUGAUAGGCAGCUCCACAAUCGGCAGAUAUACCCACCCAUCAACGUACUUCCAUCGCUCUCUCGAUUAAUGAAGAGUGCUAUUGGUGAGGGAAUGACUCGUCGAGACCAUGCUGAUGUUUCUAACCAGCUAUAUGCAAAUUAUGCCAUUGGGAAGGAUGUUCAGGCAAUGAAAGCUGUGGUUGGAGAAGAAGCACUUUCUUCUGAGGAUCUGCUUUAUUUGGAGUUCCUAGACAAGUUUGAGAGGAAAUUUGUUACUCAAGGAGCAUAUGACACCCGGAACAUCUUUCAGUCCCUUGAUUUGGCUUGGACACUACUUCGCGUCUUCCCUCGUGAGCUUCUCCACCGUAUACCAGCCAAAACUUUGGAUCAGUAUUACAGCCGUGAUGCAACAAACUGAGAAAAAUGUGCUCUUGCUUUUCCUUCAAAUUUAAUGAUUGCCUCCCAAGUGUCCAUGUUGAUUUGCCUCAGUAUUUUGAGAGGCUGUAUGCUAAAAUUAAAAUGAGUUGAUUUCUUAUCUCUGUAGUAUAUGAUUAGUAAGAUUCUUUGAUUAUGCACCAGUAAUGGCUGAGGCCUUUAGAAUAAAGAUUUGCUGCUUUUUCUAACUCUCUGGAGUGUCUCGAUUGUUUGUAUGAUAGAUACCGUUGAACUGAAUUCUUGGUGCAUAAACGAUUGAACAUGAUUGAGAAAGGAAAUAAGGUUUUUGUAACGCACUUGUCUUGUAAAG